UUAGAAAGUCAUCCUUUGACAGAGAGUGACAAUUCAGUUUUGUGUAGUUUUAUGAGAAUUUCUAAUUACUCGAGCUUUGAUUUUGCUUUCAUUCUAUAAAAUGGCAUCUGUUUUAAUUCCUGAAACACCGGCACCAGGAUUUUCAUUCGAAAACUGCCAACGUAAUGCCUUCCUAGCUCAAAAAGGAUUUCCAGCUCCCAAAGCCACCAAAACCGGCACAACAAUUGUGGGUAUUAUUUAUGCGGAUGGGGUUAUCUUGGGCGCUGAUACUAGAGCGACCGAAAACACCGUAGUGUCCGACAAAAAUUGCCAAAAAAUCCAUUAUUUAGCCGGUAACAUGUACUGUUGUGGUGCCGGCACUGCUGCAGAUACUGAGAUGACCACUCAAACCGUGUCGUCGCAGCUGGAGCUGCAGCGGCUUCACACUGGGCGCACUGUGCCGGUGCAGACAGCCGCCACGCUGCUGAAGCGCAUGCUAUUCCGCUAUCAGGGACAUAUUGGGGCUGCUCUUGUGCUUGGUGGAGUAGAUCGAACUGGACCUCAUAUCUAUUGCAUUUAUCCACAUGGCUCUGUGGAUAAGCUGCCAUAUGCGACUAUGGGUUCUGGAUCUUUGGCUGCUAUGGCAGUGUUUGAGUCGGGCUGGAAACCCAACAUGAGUGAGGAGGAGGGCAAGAAACUUGUCAGGGAUGCAAUAGCAGCUGGUAUCUUCAAUGACUUGGGCUCUGGCUCCAAUGUAGAUUUGUGUGUGAUCAGAAGCAGUGGCCCUGCUCAGUAUCUCAGAACAUACGAAGAAGCCAAUGUCAAGGGCAAGAAACAAGGAUCAUACAGGUAUGCUCCUGGCACUACUGCAGUACUAAAGCAGCGAGUCAUUCCACUAGAAGUGGAGUCUGUUGCUGUACACGCAGUACAGAGAGCACAGCCAAUGGAUGUGGAGGCCUCAUCCAGUCGCCGUUGAUAUAUAUUCUCUAACUAAUGUAUUGCUAUAUUUGGAAAUAAAAAUAUCAUUUUUUUUA